ACGAACAAAACCCAGAAGAGAAGAGAAGAGAAGAGAAGAGAAGAGACAGCGAAAAGAAUUGCAUGCGCGGAUGAGGGAAAACCUGAGGAGGCUUCAGUUGGAGCUGGAGGAGGAGGAGAGACCGCCUGGGAAGUAGCAUAAGCGUUCUAGUAGUUGCCAUGAUGAUCUCAAGACGUACGGUGAAGAUCCAAGCUAGAGUUGCUCAAUUGGUAAAGCUAGAGUAUUAACUAUUCAUGGGAUCGAAUCAAAGAGAGAGGGAUUCGACGGCACAAAACAAAACAGCUCCGACGAAAGAGACGACAUGAGAAGGGAAGGGAACUAACAAGGGCAAAAAAGAAAACUAUUGCUUGGCCGGCACUCCUAUCCUAUCCCUAUGGGCCGAAUCUUCCAAUGAGAAUAAUUGUGAUCCUUCCUAGUAUAACAACUACAAGAGGAAAUAUUAAACAUAAUUAAUCCUGCAUAAAUGUCAUUAUAAAAAAGAACAAUUAUGCAUAAAUGCACCUUUAAUUUUAAGUGAGAUGAGAUCUAAACGAUCAGAAUCAUUAAGUGCUUUUUAUUUUUUUUUUCUUAUUUUUUUAAUUGAAUUUUAUUUUUUAGUUUUAACUUGAAUUUCAAAAAGUUUUGCACAUAUGCAAUAGGUUCAUUCUGAUAAUAUUCAUUUCAAUGUAUUUUUAAGAAAAAAAAGGCAAAAUUCACUUCUAUAGCCAUAACUUUGCACUUUGUGACAAAUAUAGUCAGAUUCUGAAAAAUACACCGAAAUAGUCAUUCCGUCCAAUAAUGUAACUGAAAACAUAACGCCUGCUGACUGGACAAACGAAUUCAAAUGGCCGAGUUUAAUUUGGUCUACAUGUAUGCCACGGUGGAAAUGAAUUAAUUAUUUCUCAUUAAUUAUUUUUUAUCCUACUUUACCAAAUUUUUUACCUUUUUCGCAGAAGACCCAACAGAUGCCCCUUUCGUUCUUCUCCAUUCCUCUUCGCGAAGACCCAGCAGAAACCCUAAAUCCCCACUCUCACCUCGAUUCUCUUCGCCGGUGACUAUGAAUUGACCAACACAGUCAUCCGGUCAUCUCGCCUUGGUCGAUGUGUCCUCUCGCCUCUAUCAUCUGGUCAUCGAACUUCCCUCCAUACCCAUCUCAAUUGAUGAACACAGAGGUGGCGACUCACCAUCAACCAGCUUAAUAGUAAGUUUGGACGUCGCUUCCAGUCGCCGACGGCGAAGAGGAUAAGUAGAUUGUAUCGAUCUUUCUCGGCGAAGGUCAAAACUAUCGAUUCCUUUAAAAAAUCCAGAAACGAAGCUCGAACUAAUCUGUUAUUGGUAAGUACUCCUCACCUCUUCCUGUGCCUCGCCUCUGUUACUCCUUGCCCCUCGCUUCUGUUACUCUCACCUCUGUUUGUGUGGACGGAUGUGAAUGGUGGGAACCCUAAUCCGAAAUUGCUCCUUUAUAGGAAUAACCAAGCUGUAAAGUUGGGAAAGCGCCGCAUGGGUUUGGAGGGACCACAAGAAUCUGUUUGUCACGAGAUUGCCCCUACAACAUACGGUAAGAAGCUGAAAUAUGUGGAUAGAACCGUCAAUGUAGCAUGACGAAUUCAUUGCUUUGAAAUUGUCAGAACCUAACGUGAUUUCUUUAAUGGAUGUUGUUGUGUUGCUUGUCUGGUAGUGGUUUGUUUAUACUAUUAGUAACUAAUGCUUAUUUAAUUAAGCUUAGGGCUUUAGUUUAGUAGCUAAUCAAUUAAACCUCAUUUGCAGAGAUGUCAGAUGCUUGGGACAAGAAUGAUCCAAAUCAGAAUGGUGGUCAAGAUAUAUCAAUAGAGGCAGAUGGUGAUGCAGUUGCAUCCGUUGCACGAGACAUCUACCAUGUUUACGAUUCUGAGGAUGCCAUGACAUUCGACGAUGAGUACCACGAAGCUAGGGCUGCCUUACAUUCCUAUGGGGAAGGGAAGAGAAGGAAGGUGAAUGCUAGGUUGGUUGUCAAUGGGGAUGAGGUUGAUCAGCUUGAGGAGUUUGAGGACAACGCAACUGAAGUUAAUGAGGAUGAAGGAGAUGAUGCAGCUCCACAACCACCUCAUAACUCACAACACUCCACUUCCCACCAGGCUUCAGAGGCACCUCCACAGCAGCCUCAGCAAGAUCACAGAGAGACUUCACAACAUUCGAGCUACAGAGGAUCUGAGGAGUCUCUUCAUGUCAGGCCAAACUUGUCAGACAAGGCAGGUGGUGAUCUGGACGAUGGCGCACCACAUUAUGAUCCCACAUGUGAUCACAAAGCUUUGAGGUUUGUAUGUAAGAUGAAGUUUGCUAGUGUGGUGCAGUUCAAAGAUGUUGUGGUGAGGCAUGCUGUGGCAGCUGGUGCUUGUCUGCGAUGGAUUCGGAGUAACCCUAUGAGGAGGGAGGUUAGGUGCAAAGAUCCCAACUUCAAAUGGAAACUUUAUGCUAGCUGGUUCAGAAGGAACAAGUGCUUCAUGAUCCGGAAAGUAGGGCUGGAUCAUUCAUGUGCAAGAAGUCUCCGGGUUAAUCAAAUAACUGCCAGCUGGAUAGCUUCUGACAUGCUUGAAAGGUUCAGAAUUAACCCUACCUGGGCACCAGAUCAGAUUAUGGCCGAGAUCAAGCUUAAACACAACAUGGAUGUGAAGAAGAGAACUUGUUACAGAGCCAAAGUUGCAGCUAUUAAGCUUUUAAGCGGGUUCUUGGUUGAUGAAUACAAGGGUCUCCGGAGUUAUGUUUUAGAGUUAAUGAAAAGAGAUCCUAAUGGAAGAUUUGUUCUGGAAGUAGAUCCACAUCCAAAUGCUUAUAAGUGUUACUUUCGAAGGCUGUUCAUUGGAUUCUCAUGCUUGAGGGAUGGAUUUUUGCUUGCAUGUAGACCUAUGUUUGGGUUAGACGGCUGCUUCCUCAAGGGCGAGGUGAAGGGCAUGCUUGUAUUAUUAUGAACCUGGAAACAGCUUAUGUUAUGAUCUAUUAUGGGUUCAAAACAGUUUAUGUUAUGUAUCCAAGUGGUGUGAACAGGUUACGCACUUGUUAUGUAAUGCAUGUUAUGCACUUCUUUUGUCCACAAAUACAGAUAGUGAAAAGGUUAAACCAGCUUUAGGUUAUUCAACGCUUUGAUCAUUGAAUUCCAAAAUGUUAUAUACCAAAUUCAAGUAGAUAAACUUACAUACCAAUAUAAGUUCGACAUCGACCUACAUACCCAACUUACAUGAACGAUAACUUACAUGCCACAAUCCUUCCUCCACAGAACCACAAACAAAAACACAUUCAUGAU